CGGCGGGGCGCGGCCGGUUACGUGCGUGUGUGCCUGGGGCUGCCGAUCGCGCCCCGCUGUCCCUGCGUGGGCACCGCGCGCGAUUCUCGGCCGCCCGGGGCUCGCUUCCUUGUAGGAUAGCGGCGUGAGCGGGGUUGGGGAGGAACGCGGGGUUGGGACCGAGGCAGCUUGGGGCGGCUCGGAGCCCCUCGGACUGCGGGGUGCCGCGGGGAGCCCGGCCGCCGGAGCCGCGAUCGUCUCUCGGGGGGGAGGAGAGCUCUAAGUGUCGUGGGGAGGGAGGAGUUAAGGCGCUGCCGGUGCCGGAGCGAGAGCGGCCGGCUUUGUUUUGGACGCUGGCACGCACGUGUGCUGAGCCCUCCCCCGGCUCUGCCGCGCGGUGUCAGCGCCGGCAUGUGACCGCCGCACGGAGGAAUCCCAUUGACGCGCCGCUGGGGGAGCGCGGCCGGGCGGUGCGUCCGGCGCUGCCGCGGGCGGCUCUCGGCUUCGGCGGCCGCCGCUCACUGAGCUGUGCUCGGGGCUCUUGGGAAGAACUGAAGUGAGCUCUAGGGUAAGUUGUCCUCUACGCUGCUUGGGCGUUCUGUCUGCAGCAUUUCCUAAGUGAUCUGAAGUCUGCUUCAGCUGUGGGAGGACCACUAAAUCUUGCUCUCUGUAGCCUCCUUUUGUGAAACGUUUGGUGCCUUUGUUGCACUUCGUUGUGAUGAUCGCGUGUGUCCCAGUGGGGCCCUGACGGAUUAGACUCGGCAAACCUUGCUGUGAAGAUAAAAUGCGCGGUCAUUUUUGCCUCUCCGUCAGAUGUGCUCCCACAGCAGAGCUGGCAGAAGAUCUGUGCCACCGUCUCAGGACCCGUGACUCCCUUUGGUGCUCUGCCCUUCAGCGUUGAUGAGGUUGUUGUAAUGUUACGCGAAGGCAGCGUGGCUGUCAUCCAUCCGUGGUGCUGCUGUCCAUUCUGCAAGUUUUCUUUGGCACUGGUGGAGGGCCGAGUGAGCUGCUGGGGUGCAGUAACCCAAAUAGAUGCCCCUCAGCCAAGGCCCUGUGCACAAAGCUCGUGCCCUGGUCGAGCCCUUUGUCUCUUCUCACACACCGGUGUGUCAGUGCAGCUCACCUGGGGGGAGAUGGGAGAUCCAAGGGGAGCACUGAACGUAUUCUUAUAAAAUUAUUAUUAAUGUCUCCUUCAGGCUUGAAAUUCCUCUUGCUAGUCUUCCGUUCUGUUAAAUGCUUCGCAAACCAGAGCAGAGGAAGAGACCUGAAGAGUUGAAUUUCACUGCCUUGUUUGGAACUGGGUGGAAAUCCUGGAGAUGGAUCUCUUAGGAGACUGUCUUCCAAUGGGGUUAGAUACACAGGAGCAAUGGAUCGCCCCAGCUACCUGGAAGAGGACUAUUCUAGCCUGGAUGGGCUGGACGAUGACGUGUUUCACUCUGAUGACUUUGGACUUGCAGGUCAGCCUGGUGAGAUGACUGCAACUGGCAUUUUCACACAGAACCAGUCCUACAGCUGCCUUCUGGGGAGGUUUCAACUAUUUCCCCUCACACACUGCUGUGGUCCCGGUGUCAGGCAACCAGAGCAGCAGGACAAGGCAACUCAAACACUCAGCCCGUCCUCUUCCAGUCAGGAUGUUAUGUUGCCUUGUGGAGUCACUGAAGAGCCCCGGAGACUCUUCUAUGGGAAUGCUGGUUACCGCUUACAUGUCCCCCCAGUUGGCUUUGCAUUGGAUCCAAAUCUCCAAGAAGAGCCUCAGGAAGGUCAGCGGGAGGCGCGUACUGAGGUGCAGAUUGCACGGAAGUUGCAGUGCAUUGCAGACCAGUUCCACCGGCUCCACAUACAGCGGCAUCAGCAGAACAGAAAUCAAGUGUGGUGGCAGCUUUUUCUCUUUCUACACAACUUGGCCUUAAAUGUGGAGGCGAACAGGAACCGCACUGGGCAGAGGUGAGCUUCACCCACCUGUUUCAGGCCACAUCCAGUCUGCAGGGAGCACUGAACAAACACUGGUUCGGGGGAGAGACAUGCACACCGCCGGCCGGAUGUGAGGACUCUGAAAUUCUUAUACUCGUCUUCAAGUUUGGGGUUUUAUGGACUCUUCUUUGCUGCUCCCUGCCUUGUGAGGUGGGGAGCUCUUGUCCAACACUGUCGAAGGAAAGCCAGAAUGUGGAUGUGUUUGGUAAAGCUUGCUGCUGGUUCCCCGCACCGAUAACCUCUGUGCAGGAGAGGCAGGUAUUAGGCUAACAGUUUCCUCUGCCCUGUGCGUCACUCAAUGAUAGAGUGCAGGAGAGUCAUUUUGACUGCUAGUUAAAAUGGAUGUCUGAGGACUGAUGACUUUGAACAUCAAAUGUACUUUGGGUAUCUUCACAAGCAAAGAUGAUUCCUCCUUGAUGAAAGUUCUUUUAACAAUGAAAACAUUUCAGUAGCUUAUAUUCAGCAGGUUACUUGUUUUCUGAAUGGAUUUAUUUCUUUGCAUCUUACGUAAGAGAAAAUCACAAAGAAAUACAAUCUCCUCAAUCUUUCCGUUGGGCACCAGUUGCAGCUCUCUCAUAUGAAGUUAUUCUGUCAUUUUUGCCAAUAGACCAAACUGUUUCAGUAGAAUGUUCUUGAAAACAUUCCUGGAGUUACUGGUGACUAUUAAUUUCUGUCCCUCUUCGCUUCCAAUUGAGUACUCACAAUACCCAUAAGCCAGCAUGAAACUAAAAACCAUGGAACAUGACACAUUUUUUCUACAGUGCUAUUGUAAAUGCUUUUAUUAGUUUUAUGAUGAGUGGUUCUGAUUGUUUGUUUCUCUCUCUUGUCACCCAUAAUGUGGUUGGUUGGGAAGGCUUAGGUCCCAGGCGUCUGAUUAGGAUUGCUUUAGGAUUUGACAUGAAGGUUAACUAGCAGCUGGUUUGACACAUACAUUGUACAAGCAGUCUGUCCAUUACUCCACUAAGUAGUGUUUGGAGGCAUACACUGACCAGCAGCAAUAAUAUUACUUCAUGAGAGACCUCCUAGUGGUUCCUAGUUUAUAUGCGCUCAGAAAUUUGUCCAUGUGAUUGACACUAUUGGACCAGCAGAGGAAAAUAACCCUACCAAAACGAUGUAGCCUUAAAGAUCUAAGGCUUCCUCUGUGUAGCCUUAAAUAUUAUUAGUUCACAAACCCAGUGGUAACUAGGGUAAAAUAUUAACAGAAAAAACAAUACAGACUUCAUUUUUCAGUUCACUUCCAUAUCUCCACUGCACCUUGUUGUAGAUCUCAAAUUACAAAACUGGCUUAAGGAAGAUCUGUCCAGAGAUUUGCUCUUUAACUCCAUUACAAAUGUUAAUUUCAGCUGUUGAGAAAUUUUUCUGCUUUUGGUUGACCCCGAAAAAUAGGCAUUACUGUAAGAGAAGAGUAGUUUACUUGCACAUAUGCUUUCUCCUCCAUGCCUCUCUGCAUAUCCUUCUGUAAUUCAUGCUUUCUCUGGUAUUUUGUAUGAUGUCAUCAAUGCACUAUAGUGUAUGGUAACAAUUUGCUGAACACAUUUAAAUGUGGACUUUCUCCCUCUUUUCCAGCCCCAUUUUCUUUAUCUGCAUCCUGCUUUACUGUGGCAAAAUGUGCUUUAGCUCCCUGAAAGAGGUCUCAAAGCCUUUUUCACUUUCAUAUAUUCACAAUAGCUCUCCUGCAACAUAACGAGAGUUUGUGAGAAAAGCUUUUUUUCUCCUUUUAUGUUAUUUUUUUCUAGCUAGGGCUAGAGUAAUAUGUUUGUCUGGGAUGAUUAAUAAUUCAUGCAAAUGAAUCUCAAGUAAUAUUUUAGGGGGUGGGUUUUAGGAUGGGGGGGCGGCUUUUGGGGGGAGGGAGUUGUUUUGGUUUUUUAAUUGUUUCUUUAAGCAUGUGCACUACAGAGUUACCAGAGAGAUACAAGUGCUAUCUGUUGCCGACUAUGUUGCAGCAGUAUGAGAAGCCACUCUCUACCCAUGUUUUACAGAGAUGAGGUUUUCCAUACCUUGCUUUGCGCAGUCUCCUUGGAGUAAAUGCUGUUUAUUGGAGAACAAGGACUUUAAUGGGGGGAAAGCCUGAGGGCUAGUGUGAGACCAGACGGAACUGGGGGCCCCUAAGAAACUGGAUGCUAAGGGCAAGACUCUUAAAAUGGAAAAUCUUAAAGAGGCCGGAGUGGGUGUGCUGAGGCUCAGGGAGCAAUGCAGCUGUGUUGCCUGCCAGCAUGCUCCAGGACUUGAUGCUUGCAUUUUCCCACUGGGUGCCACGGCCCCUUUAUUGGGCACAGUCACAGACCAGUAGAUCAGAGCUUCGUCAUAACAGCCCCACGAACUAUGAAAGACUCAACAAGUGUAUCUGACACCUAAAAAACGUCAUGAGCUUCCCGCUUCCCCUCCGCUUUGUCUUGACUGCGAAACAGGCCAGUAAUGCCAGUAUCUGCUCUGAAUACAUAAGCUGGAAAGAUAGGUCUGGUAUUGGCACUUUCUGGUAUUGCAACCCCACCAGUUAUUCUAGGACAUAACUGUUCUUAAUGUGGAGAAACAAAUACCUGAAAUUGUUCAGCAGUCAGGCUGACUGCCUGAAUAGAAUCACUUGGCUCAGGGAAAGACACAACUUUGCCAGUCCAUAUUUCCCAUUGUAACAACAAACUUAUCAAAAUUGGUCAUGCCAAGGUCUUUAGUUAAAAUCUCCUCAAACAACAAUACUUCAUUGGAGACAUAGAGCUACUCCUAGACAAAGGCUGACUUCCUGCAAUACGCAUGGUGGUUAAUGUUGCCAGAGAUUUGCAACCACUGAUAAUAUAUUUGAAUUAUAUUCCGUAUCUGCAUAUCUUGGAGAAAGGAAAUAUGCUCUGUCAACCCAAAAUUCCUAUUUUGCUCCUUGUAGACGUUAUGGGGCAGUCUGGUUUUUCACUUGAGGAAAAGAAGCUGUUUCAUGCUUACAGUCUCACCUACUUGAAGAAAUAAUGGGUACUUGUUAUUUAUUUUUUCCUUCUGGCCUGGUCAGAUGAUUCUGUCUUGGGUGAAAAGAUUUCACGUGUUUACUAACAAAUACACAGAUGUGCAUCACUCAUGUGAUCAUCCUUUUGUUUGACACCCACCCUGUGUUUGUAAGGACCGUUCAGCAUGCACUGAGAUCUUCUCAGAGAACCUCUUACAAUGUGACCACAGACACAGGCCGAUUGUUUGGGGAAACACAUCCAAGGAGAAUGGAUUAAGUUCUGUUGAAGGAAUAUGAUCAAUUUUUUUUCAUACUAAGUUGUCUUCAUGAAAGAACUGGGAUACUGUUUUUCUGUGUCGUAAAUCUAGUCUAGCAAUUAGAGAAAACAAUGGGAUCUUCCUUCUACCUACAAAUACCUAAUUUUAACAGUUGGUUCUUAACAAACAAACAAACAAACAAAAAAACCCAAAACAACAACAACAAAAACCCAACAACUUGAGCUGCUGACAGCAGCAGUAUUGAAGUAUCUUACUUGCUUUUCCCAGAUCUCCAACAUGGGUUCAGACCUCAGCUCUCUCUCCUUGAGAGAUAGAGAUCCUUGGUGUCCCUUCUCAACUUCUCAUACUUUUGGGCAUCUUGUAACUUUGGCCAUCCCUGGAUCCAGUAAACCCGGUGCUAGUAGGGAAUAGUUAAUUUUACUUUUGUUUCCUGCAGUUCUUGAAAGCUGAGCCAGUAAUUGCCAGUAAGAGCCAGUGACUGCCCAGGGAUAGCUGCAAACUGCCAUUAGUAGGAUACAAAAAAAGACAGAAGAUAAAUGAAUUUGCAUAGAAAGGAUUGCCUUUGGAUUUGUGUGCAAGGCUGCAGACUUCUCCCAAGGUGCUGAUAAUCUCUGGUAGCACUGAAUUCCUGCAUAACCGAUCACGUAUCUCAGUUUAAGUAGCCUAGUGGGUUAGAUGUUUGUUGGCUAAACUCUCUGCAGAAGAAUCCUGAAAGAAACUUCCCUAUCAGCCUUUGCUUUGGAGAUGUGUAUCAGCAAGGGACUAGAGUAGAGGAACCCAGUCCUUCUUAAUAUAGAAAGGGUGAUUGUGAAGACUUCUCUCUUUCUUUCUGUUGGCUGUUUGCUUUGUCCCUUCAAACCUGAAUUAAAGUUAUAUGAGAUGUGUGCAUGUGAAGUUAAUACAGCCCAACUUGUCCUGUAGCAGUCACUGGAGCUAUAGCCAAGGUUGAAAUUCAUUCUGUAUGGGUCUUGGCAGUCAUCUGGGAAAUAGUAGACUUGGGAGAAGAUUUUCCUUUUUUAAGAAAAAGAAUAUUACUUGAGGCAGUUGUUGCGAUGUGACCCCCCUCAAUUCUGCAAAAUUAGUUUCAUCCUUCUGCUACUGGUCCUGACCAAUAUCUUUGCCGAGGUUGUAGGAAUGGUGAGACUGACAUGCUGGAUGGUGUGUUAUUGGGUAUUUUUAAAGGGAAAAAUACAGACAGCACAUAAUAUAUGUGCUAGAAGCCAAACAAGAAUGUGGAAAUGUGGAGGCCUUGCCUUAUUUUACCAGCUAUAUUUACUGCAGGA